GGCCCUUGCCCCGCCCCAGGUCCGCCCCGUCUGAGGCGGGACCCUCUGAAAACCCCCGGGUCCGCCUGGACGCACCACUUGCAGCCGCAGCCCCUGCCUCGAGUGCGCAGCUAUCCAGGCCGCGUGUACGCUGCCCACAGCCACCACUGCCCUUCAGAAUGGCCAACAGGGGACCUGCGUAUGGCCUGAGCCGGGAGGUACAGCAGAAGAUCGAGAAGCAGUAUGACGCUGACCUGGAGCAGAUCCUGAUCCAGUGGAUCACCACUCAGUGCCGCAAGGAUGUGGGCCGGCCCCAGCCCGGGCGUGAGAACUUCCAGAACUGGCUCAAGGACGGCACGGUGCUGUGUGAGCUCAUUAAUGGGCUGUACCCCGAGGGGCAGGCCCCGGUAAAGAAGAUCCAGGCCUCCACCAUGGCCUUCAAGCAGAUGGAGCAGAUCUCCCAGUUCUUGCAAGCAGCAGAGCGCUAUGGCAUCAACACCACUGACAUCUUCCAAACUGUGGACCUCUGGGAAGGGAAGAACAUGGCCUGUGUGCAGAGAACGCUGAUGAACCUGGGUGGGCUGGCCGUAGCCCGGGACGACGGACUGUUCUCUGGGGAUCCCAACUGGUUUCCUAAGAAAUCCAAGGAGAACCCUCGGAACUUCUCAGACAACCAGCUGCAAGAGGGCAAGAAUGUGAUCGGGUUACAGAUGGGCACCAACCGCGGGGCAUCCCAGGCAGGCAUGACUGGCUACGGGAUGCCACGCCAGAUCCUCUGAUGCCUCCUGGGCCCUGCCCCAGCCCUCUGUGAAUGGUUAAUAUAUAUGUGUAUAUAUAUAUGUUCUAGCAGUGACAUCCCCUCAGAGCCCCCAGAGCGCCCACACUCCUCUCUCCCUGGGUGGGGAUCUAGCCCGUCUGAACACCUCUGCGGGUGUCUGAUGGCAGCACCCCCGUGCUUACUAAUACAUUCCUUUCCCCUCGCCCAUCAAAACUGGACCAACUGGCCUCUCCUUUGCCCCUGGGACCAAAAUUUGGAGGACCCCAGCCCCUGCCAUGCCUCCCCUCCUUCCCUAGGCCUCUUCUGCCCCAAGCUCUUCUUCCUCCAUCCAUUCCUUGGCCGGGAUCAAGGGUGCCACCUUUGACCUCAGGCUGGACCAGCCUUCCCAUAAGCAUGCCUCUCCCACAGCUGUGGCUGCAGGGGCUUAAUUUAUAGGGGGAGGCCUGGGCAGCUGCCACCCCAGCCACAGCUGGACUGCACUCACCACACAUGGGGAGGCCUUCCCUGGCAGAGGCCCUCCUGACUUCUCAUUUUCCAUUCCUCUCACUGUGGCUAAAGGGUGGGGGUGAGGGGACGGAGGAGGGAGGGCAGCCCACCCCAGUUUGGGUUUGAGGAAUAUGAGUUUGCUGAUUUGAAUAAAGAAUCUCAGUCUUUUUUGGA